UCUUUUACCGCUGGACAACGUGACAGCAGGCCAGUUUCAGCUGUUACACAAUCUUAGCAAAGCCCAAAAAUCAAGGUUCAACUAUUCUCGGCUAUCACUUGGUAUGCGGCUUAGAUUCUAAUAGGAGAGGUACGACUCACUAAAGCAAAGUCUGAGCAUCAGCAAACAUGGGAGACUGGGGAUUUCUCUCGGCGUUAUUAGACAAAGUGCAGUCUCACUCCACCGUCAUCGGCAAGAUAUGGAUGAGCGUCCUCUUCAUCUUCAGGAUCCUGGUGCUGGGCGCAGCGGCGGAAAGCGUUUGGGGCGAUGAACAAUCGAAUCUGGUUUGCAAUACGAUGCAACCCGGUUGCGAGAACGUAUGCUAUGACUGGCAGUUCCCCAUCUCUCACAUCCGCUUCUGGGUCUUGCAGAUCAUCUUUGUGUCCACUCCGACUUUGGUGUACCUGGGCCACGCGGUGCAGGUCAUUCACCAAGAGAACAAACUCAGGGAGAAGAUACAAAGUCUCGGCGACGGCCACACGUUGAAGGCCCCCAAAUACACCGACGAAAGCGGCCACGUCAAAAUUAAAGGCAACCUGCUAGGCAGCUAUCUAACCCAGUUGUUUUUUAAAAUCGUCUUGGAGGUCGCGUUUAUCGUCGGACAGUAUUAUUUAUACGGCUUUGUAAUGAUCGCCAAGUUUUCGUGCUCCCAAUCCCCUUGCCCUUACACUGUAGAAUGCUUCAUGUCCCGUCCAACGGAGAAGACCAUCUUCAUCAUCUUCAUGCUAGUGGUGGCCUGCGUGUCUCUGGUGCUGAAUGUCGUUGAGGUCUUCUACCUGCUGUGCACCAGGGUCGGAUGCCGGAGCGGCAAGAGACGGACGCAUAAUAUCACUUCGACUAAAAACCCGGCUAGUUUGCCAUCCUCCUGGAUGACCUCCGAAGACGCGCUGAAGCAAAACAAAAUGAACAAGCAGUACGAGAGCGGGCAGAGUCUGGGAGGAAGCCUGGAUGGGGCGAAAGAAGAAAAACUAUUGGUGGAAGACCAUUAGAUGUAGACCCAUCUCGGAAGUUUUCACCAAUCUACCAAGUUUUUAGAGUAACGUACGCCAUUUGAUCUCUCGUAUAGCUUAUGCUCCAGUAUUUACACGCUUAAAAAAGAAAGUAUUGGUACUCCUCAAACGGAGUGUGUUAUUUAAUUAUUUGACGAUGCGUUUAAUUUGAUGGUUUUGAUGUACUGCUGUUGUAUGAUUGUAUAUACUGUGUGUAAAUAUAUGUAUUAAGAUUUGAGCACCGUCUGCUUGUGUUGUUUGUGCGACGCUGUCAUUCCAUUUGAUCAUAUUUUCCGUUGCAAAGCGACAAAUUUACGGCAAUGCAUAUUCUGAAUGUAAACUGGCGUCAGUGACGUUUGGAGAGCGCAAUGACAAUCUCCUUGUUUGAAAUAAACCUUUUAAAUCAA